ACGCAACGCACUUACACACACAUACACUUCCAUUUUUAUUUUUAUAUUUUCACUAUUUAAUCUCUUUCUUCCUAAACCUAUUUUCUCCUUCCUACGGUUAAAAACCCCCGCCGCCGCCGUAUCCUUCUUCCCGGACGGCGUCUUAGCUCCUGCUGUUUCACGCCGCUCUCUCCGCCUUCCGACGAGAUACAGUUACUUAUCUAUUGCCUUCUUCUCAGAAACAGUGGUUGACCCCCUAAACCCUAGAAAUCCUUCCAAAUUUAGGGUUGAAACAGGGGUAGAAUAUUCAACUGAGCACAACUUUCUUUCUCCAUCAUUUCAUAAGUUUCUUAGCAAAAGAUGCAGCACGACGAGGUAAUAUGGCAGGUCAUCCGCCACAAUCAUUGCAGUUUCAUGGCCAAGAUUACGACUGGGAAAUUCUGUAGAAACCCUUAUAAUGUAACUGGGAUAUGUAAUCGGAGUUCAUGUCCUUUGGCUAACAGUCGCUAUGCUACUAUUCGUGACCAUGAUGGGGUUUUCUAUCUAUAUAUGAAAACAAUUGAAAGAGCUCAUAAGCCAAAUGAGUUGUGGGAAAGAGUUAAGUUGCCCAGAAAUUACGAAAAGGCACUGGAACUUAUAGAUAAACAUCUGAUGUAUUGGCCUAAGAUACUUGUACACAAGACAAAGCAACGAUUGACUAAAAUGACCCAAAUGCGGAUACGAAUGAGGAAGCUUGCUUUGAAAACAAGGGAGAAAAUAAUGACAACACCCAGAAAGGAGAUUAAAAGAGAAGCCAGGAGGGAGCAGAAGGCUGAGAAAGCAGCAUUGUUGGAUAAGAGUAUUGAAAAGGAACUACUGGAACGUCUUAAAAAAGGAGUGUAUGGCGAUAUAUACAACUAUCCUGUUGAAGCAUAUAAUGAAGUUCUUGAAAUGGAAGAAUUGCAGGCUGCCAGUGAAGAGGAAGAGGAACCUGAAAUUGAAUAUGUUGAAGGGUAUGAAGAAUUAGAAGAAGAAGAAGAUAUGGAAGAUUUUGGCGGUCUUGCAAUCCAUAAUCAAGAUGCAGAUGAAGAUAGUGAUGGACUUGAUGAAGACGUUGAAGACAUACAGGUUCCUCACAAGAGAGGGAGAAAGGAGUCUACUUUUUCUUUGAGGAAGCUUGAGAAAGAUGCUCGUGCCAAACUGAAGAAGAAAGCGAAGGUUAUAGUUGAGGUUGAGAAUGAAGAAACCGAUGAGCGGCAAACAACAGUCCAUUAAAUUAUUCCUUGGCUGCUGUUUCUACAAGAGGAGAGACGAAAGAGGUUCUAAGGAAAAGCCAUUUUCCAGUGUAAUGAGACAAAGCCUGAGGGAGUGGUAAGAGUUUUGUUAAUUAGAGUCCCAACUUCUAUAGAUUAACAGUUCAAUUUUGCUGUCUCAGAAGGGAAAUCCAUUAGAUCCAAGGAAUCACAUUCACCGUUUUCCUUCUCAGAGUGCUUACCCACCAAUCAAGGUUUCUCAUUUUUGUUUUGGUUAUUGGAACAAACUUCAAAAUCUUGUCUUCAAAAUUUCAUUGAUACAAAUGUCAUAUCUUUUUCGUAA